AUGACAGACACAUUGAAUGUCAUAGUCAAUAACGGAUCAAGUGUAGGCGCUUAUACACUUGAUCUGAUUGCACCUCCGAAGUUGACUUCGGAUAUCACUCAGUUGCCAACGCUCGAACAUAAAAGGUUCUUGCGUGAUCUGCGUAGUGGCAAAGUCAAGCAGAUCUGCAUACUCGUCGCUGACGAUGAGUGUGUAACCGACAUAAGGUCAGCAACAUUGUUCACUGAGAACGAGAGAGUUCUCAGUAGUUCAUCUAUGGACGAGAGUAUCCUAGAUGAAAAGACACAAAUUGAGCGAUAUGACUCCCAAUCGUGGGAAUCGCUCAAGAAAAAUCCUCUCUAUGAAGAUUUGGUUGAAUUCAAGGAUGCAUUCCCUGAAACUGUUCCGUGCGAGUUACCGAAGGAUAAAGGUAUUCGACACGAGGUCGAGCUUAAACCAGGCUCGAAGUACUGUGUCAUGAAGCAGUGGCCACUGCCUCGUGAACAAGUACUUGCGAUCGACAAGUUCUUUGCCGAUCGUUUAGCUGCGGGCCGUGUGAGGGAAUCAACUUCCCCACAUAGCUCUCCGACCUUCUGUGUGCGAAAAGCAAUAGGAGAGUGGCGGAUAGUGCAUGCAUUUAACAAGUUGAAUGCUGCAACGGUACCGGCUCAGACGCCGAUACCGAGGAAGGACGUAAUCAUUGAUGGUGUGUCAAAGAGUACCAUCUUUUCGUCCAUGGAUUUGAUGGAUGGCUUCUAUCAAAUGCUUAUGCGGGAACGGGAUAUACCCUAUACCGCAGUGAGCACGCCUAGCGGCAUGCUCUGGGAAUGGCUAGUAAUGCCACAAGGGCUUAGUAAUGCCCCUGCCACGUUCAACAGAUGUGUAUCACAUCUGUUGAGACCAGUUCGAGAAUUUGCGCCGAGUUAUUUCGAUGAGGUUUUCAUCCAUAGCCGAGUUAUGGAUGGAAAGUCGGACGUUGAGGUUCACAGGUACCACGUCCGACAGGUGCUUACAAUCAUGCGAAAGCAUCAAUUGUAUGCAAACCUCAAGAAGUGCAUUUUUGCAGCAAGCGAAAUACCACUUCUUGGGUGCAUCGUUGGCAAGAACGGUGUACGUCCUGAUCCCGAAAAGAUCAAGGCGAUAACCGACUGGCCUGUGCCGGUUGAUGUCAAAGGUCUUCGAAAAUUCCUUGGGCUAGCGGCGUAUUUGCAUAAGUAUUCACGCAAUUACGCGAGAUGA